GGCGGCCCCGGGCCCGUCUGAGGGAAUGCAGGCGGCCGCCGCCAAGAUGGCCGCUGCCGCCGGGCGGGCGGCGCGUUGCCUUGUGAAGAGCAGCAAUCAGCUGAGGGUCCCGGUACGAUGGAGUGGCCAGGCAACUGCAGCCGCAGUGACAGAGAGCACAAAGCCCCAGAUCCAGCCGCAAGCGCGGAAACCUAAAACAGGAAUCUUGAUGUUAAACAUGGGAGGUCCAGAGCGGCUGGAUGAUGUGCAUGAUUUCUUACUGCGUCUCUUCCUGGACAGAGAUCUAAUGACGCUUCCAGCUCAAAAUAAAUUAGCACCGUUCAUUGCCAAACGCCGCACACCGAAAAUCCAGGAGCAGUACAGCAGGAUUGGAGGUGGAUCACCGAUCAAGAAGUGGACGGCGGUGCAGGGAGAAGGCAUGGUGAAACUGCUGGACAGCAUGUCUCCUCGCACCGCGCCUCACAAAUACUACAUCGGCUUCCGGUACGUCCAUCCUCUGACGGAAGAAGCAAUCGAAGAGAUGGAGAAAGACGGCAUCGACAGGGCCAUCGCUUUCACGCAGUACCCCCAGUACAGUUGCUCCACCACAGGAAGCAGUUUAAAUGCCAUCUAUCGCUACUAUAAUAAAAAAGGGGAGAAGCCGAAGAUGAAGUGGAGUAUAAUUGACCGAUGGCCCACACAUCCCCUUCUUAUUCAGUGCUUCACGGAUCACAUACAGAAGGAGCUGAACCUCUUUCCACCCGACAAAAGGAAAGAUGUUGUCAUCCUCUUCUCGGCUCACUCGCUGCCCAUGUCUGUCGUGAACCGUGGUGAUCCGUAUCCUCAGGAAGUGGGAGCUACUGUCCAGAGAGUCAUGGAGAAGCUGAACUACUCCAACCCUUACCGGCUGGUGUGGCAGUCCAAGGUUGGGCCAAUGCCUUGGCUUGGUCCACAGACAGAUGAGACCAUUAAAGGACUGUGCCAAAGAGGAAAGAAGAACAUGCUGUUGGUGCCAAUAGCGUUUACAAGCGACCACAUUGAAACACUGUAUGAACUGGAUAUUGAGUAUGCCCAAAUUUUAGCAAACGAGUGUGGAGUGGAAAAUAUCAGAAGAGCAGAGUCUCUUAACGGAAACCCGCUGUUCUCCAAGGCCCUGGCAGACUUGGUCUGUUCGCACAUCCAGUCCAAGGAGAUCUGCUCGAGGCAGUUAACCCUCUGCUGCCCGCUCUGUGCAAACCCGGUGUGCAGGCAGACGAAAGCCUUCUUCAGCGAGCAGGCGCCGCUGUGACGGCGGCAGCGGGCUGGGGGCCGCCCGGCCAGGCUCCCCCCGCCGGCCCCCUCCUCCCAGGCCGGCGCUCCCAGCGCCGCCUUCGCCCCCCAACAACUGCCAGGGGAGCCGCGGCGCUCCCUUUUCGAUUUUGGUUUCUUUCUUUGAGAAGUAGGGAAAUAAGGGCAUUUACCCGGGGAGAUGUGAAGAGAUCUCUUUUCAUCCCAUUCUGAUGGGAUUUAGCGGGAGCCCGUAAGUAUGCACUGAAAAACUUACAAAAACUCUUCUACCAGUUAGCUUCUAUCUCCUCUGCAGGGAUUUUAUUUGUAUGCAGUUUUCUCGUGAGUGCAUUAAUUUCAGCUUUCCAGGUCAUGCCUACAAUGACUUGUUUUGUUUCUGCUUGAGGCACAGCAUAACCGGCACAGUCACCGAUUGUCUCUUCGGAGAGUGAUUUUUGAGAUGGGUUUGAAGACCAAGUGAUUUCUAAUGCUUUUUAAAUAACGUGGGGUUUAGAACAUAAAGUUAAGGCUUUGUUUUGGUUUGGGGUUUUUUGUUUGUUUGGUUUUUUUUUUUUUUUUCUCCUGCCAGAAACUUCUGGCGAAAGCUUAGGUGGGAUAGUAGAACGCACAAGAUUUGUUUACAUUUUCUAGAAGAAACACUCUUCUCUGCAGGAAAGCCUCUGCACUUGAAGAGCAUAAAAUGAAUAAGCCUGCUUGGGCCAUGCUGAAGAACAUGCUCAACUGAAACAAACUGCGUGUGUUUCAAAUCUAGCAGCUGUCAGCAGCAUGUGUGGAAAAUGUUGGCUUAUCUUUCAGGCAAAAUGGCUUUUUAAAGUUAUUCUUAAAAAGGGCUUUCUCUGGUUAAGUAAACUUAGGGAGUCAGGCUUGCUCUCCAGCAGGUUUAUAGAUCGCCUCUGUGCUUUCUACUGUGCCACAGCGCUGUGGUUUUUGUGGGAUACCUGUGGGGUUCCAUAGGUAUAACUGAUCUACCUUAAUUGAGGUUGUUGUUUAAAACUGAGGUGGUAAGUCAGGGGCGAUUCCCAUUGCAGCCCUGCAGGCUGGCAGCCGUGUGCUUGCGCACACCUUUCUCGAAAGCCGCACUUUGUCUGGCACUGACGGUGAGCCAGGAGCACGCCCUGGGAGCCCAGCCAGGCGUGUUGCUUGUUUUGGCAGGCGCUGGGGUGCACCGGGACCGCUGAAGCCACCCCCCCCCCCCCCCCAGGGUUGUGGUAGUUUUGAAGAGCGAAAAACCUUCUCGGGUUCCUCACAGUCAGCACCGGUGUCUGGGUCAGUCCUGGGGGUAGGAGGGGGCUUUCCCGCAGGGCUGGCCACCACGCAGCACGCCCGGGCUCGGCGCCUGGAGCCGCUCAGGGGUCAGCGGCCCUGCGGCCCAGGGCCCCCUGCUCCGGGGUGGGCCGAGGGGGGAGCAGAGCUGUGCCGGCGUUCUGUGGGGCUGAGCCAUACACCUGUCACUCUCGCUGCCAACUUCAUGGCUCUGAGUGCUCACCCUGGGUAACCAGCACUGCGCCGCCAGUACUUCGGCGGCGCAGGUGGUUUUCUGUACGUUGAUGAUUCAGCUAAUUGUCAUGUUUGGGAAGCAGGUGCCGUGCUGCUCGGCCGUGCUUGCUCACGCAGUUGGGAGGCACGAACCUCCGGUCUUUUCAAGGACAGGGUUGCUUAAAAAGAAAAUAAGCCCCUGUGGGCAAAACAGGGGUUUACCUCGUUCUGUUUUGUGUGGCGAGACUCGAACGCGGGGUACUAAAGGCCCGAGUGGGUGCUGUGCCGAGCAGCCGGUGGGCCACGUUGCGCCGCGGGGCGAUGCGAAUCCUCCCGCAGAGCCGCGCUGGGGCCCGGCGGGUGGGCUCCCCCCCCUGCGGCGGCUGCCGGGGGGGCAGGCGGGAGCCCUGCGGUGCCCCGACCGCCGGCGGGGCGUUAGUCUGCCCUGACCCCUGGUGCCGUGCCCGUUGCGCGGGGGCCGGCAGCCGGGGCCUCGCUCCUCCCGCCCUUGCGCCGCGCCGGGGCGCUGAGCGCUGCCUUGGCGGGAGAAGGGAGCGCAAAGCUGAUGCCUGCCCUUGCUCGGGUGGAGGAGGUAGGGCUUUCGCACGGCUGAAAUUGUCGAGGAAAAGCUUUGAAUCCGUGUCAAAAGCAUAAAAAUGUCUGCGGUAUGCCCGGGAAGGGAACGCUGGCCUUACGUCUCUCGUUGGACAAAGAACUUUCUCCGUUCCCGUUCCUCUGCUUGACACUUGGGGGUCAGUGGAAGACAAUCCGGUCUGUAAGAUCUUCCAACGUAUGCCUCUUUCCCAGCAGCUGGAGGGUAUGCUGACCUCCCGAUCCAGAUUGUGACCGGCACAUUUAAAAGUGUGGCUGAAGCCAGAAAGUGAAGAUUAACUUCUAAUGAACAUCACGAGACUAUAAAUACAGGUUGGCUUCUUAUUUCUGCCCUGGAGAGAGUACUGAGAAUAUUAGCUGGUGCUAAUUUUGAGGCAUUGUGUUUGUCCCCAGUAAUAAAAGGUAUUUAAAAUUCA